AUGACUUUUGCCAAGUUUGAAACUCUGUUUCUCUACAAGUAUUUUCCCACGCCUCUUCGCCUAGCCAAGGAACAAGAGUUCCUGAAUCUGAAGCAAGAAACGCUCACCGUCACCCAGUAUGCGGCCAAAUAUGAAAAACUCUGCCAUUACGCCCUAAACUCCAUACCGACCGAAGAUAAGAAGGCAAAGAGAUUUGAGUGGGGACUAACGACUGCUCGAAGGGCUGUUGUGGCUCAAGCUUUUACCACCUAUGCAGAAAUGGUGAAGUGUGCUCUCCGGAUAGAGAGUGAGGAGAUGGACUUCAAAACCCGAUGGAGGAAGGUGACUGGCAGCACUGAUGGACCAAUCCGAACCCAACCACCUAACAACAACCGUGGACCGUACCCUACCAAACCCACUAACCCACCUCAGAGCAACCAACCCUGGAAGACUACUACACCAGGACGUGGCGAACCACAGAAGGGAGGUCGAGACAUAGCAACAGUUCAAUGCUACAACUGUCACGCUAUGGGCCACUAUAAGCGCAACUGCCCCCAACCUAAAAGGGGAAUGAGGGUUUUGGAAAUCAAAAAGCUCAACAACUUAGAAAGACCGAUUUUGUGGAGCAAAACCCAGGGGGCCCAUCGCAUCAACAGAAUGGGCAGAAUAAGGGAAAAUAGCCCAUGA